UCCCCAGGUCUCCAGGUGCCAUACCUUGCAACAACAUCGACAUCUAAGGAACACCACAUCUUGGUUCCUCACCUGGUCCGACAAUACAUACUACGCCUUAACAUAUCAUCACCUCUCAACAAGUUCGCACAAUGUACGACGAGAAGCCCUCGGUUGAGAACAUCUCUACGGAGCAGGCCCACGCCCAGGCCCAAGCUCAAGCUCAGCUUCAGGCUCAGGCCCAGGCCGCUGUCGCUGCCGCCCACCAAGAGGCUAUGCUCAGUGGCUGGCACAACCCUAUGGCUCGUAUCCACACCGGAACUGAGCCCAGGUUGCCUGCCUUCGGUGGUGAAUUCCAGCCCGGUCUCUAUCGCCCAGUCAAGGAACGCAAGUUCGCCAACCCAGCGCCCCUGGGUCUCUGCGCUUUCGCCCUUACUACCUUCAUCCUCUCCUGCGUCAACCUUAACGCCCGUGGCUUGAACACCCCCAACGUUGUCGUCGGCGUUGCUCUCGCCUAUGGUGGUCUUAUUCAGCUCCUUGCCGGCAUGUGGGAAAUGGCUGUUGGCAACACUUUCGGUGCUACUGCUCUCUCUUCUUUCGGUGGCUUCUGGAUUUCCUAUGCCAUUCUUCUCACUCCGGCCUGGAACAUCCUUGGCGAGGACGGUCCCUAUGCUAGCGACGCAGCCAAGGCGGUUGAUCCCAAGAUGGCCUCGUCUGCUGUCGGCAUCUUCCUUACUGGCUGGUUCAUCUUCACCACCAUCCUGCUUCUCUGCACCUUGCGCUCCACCAUCAUGUUCUUUAUGCUUUUCUUCACUUUGGAUAUUGCCUUCCUCAUGCUGGCUUGCGGCGAGUACGCCAACGACAACGGAGCCCUCACUGCCUCCCACAAGCUCACCCAGGCUGGCGGUGUCUUCGGCAUGCUCGCCGCCUUCUUCGCUUGGUACAACGCGUUUGCUGGUAUUGCGGAUAGCAGCAACUCCUUCUUCCUCCUCCCUGUCUUCCACUUCCCCUGGUCUGAGAAGGGCCGUGAGAGCAGGAUGGCUGCCAAGUCUGACCGUGACCAGGCCUAAGUCGGCCUGGCCGUUCUUUCCUGAUAUGUCUUACGUUAUGAAUUCUUUUUAAGCGGGUCACAGUGGGUAUUUGUUAUUUGGCGAGCGAGUAGUUUACGGCUUUGGAUAUCUAGCCAGGUUUGGGUCAUGUUCAUCAUAUGUUGAUGUUUUCUGUUUUGAUAAUACCGGAUCAAGGAUUGGAUCCACGACGAUACCAAAUGUUUACACACAUCAUUAUUACCCUUUUCACGUUUUUCAUGUAUGGACUCCUAAGCAUGUUUUUCCUCGCUAACGCAGCGACUGGGCGCAAAUCAUGUCGGACUUUGUCAGUCAGUCACUGGCCCAGCCAAGCUAACCAUAUGUAUCAUUUCAGCAAUAUUC